AUGGUUAUUGCAAGGGAGAUCAUGGAGCUGGUAGAGGAGGAUGAGCUGCUCAGCGAGGAGUCAGAAGAUGAAAACAGCGAAAUGUCAGACAGCGCACUCCAGGACGCUUUCGCAAAAGGACUGUUAAAACCUGGAAUGAACGUGUUGGUGGAAAAACCUAAACAAUUUGCCAACAAUGUGGAUGCAAUGAAACAGUGUUUGGCUGACUUGAAGAAAGAUCUUCCCUGGGUGGAAAGAUUGGACUUAACCAACCCACCUGUUGAAGAUGUCCUUGCUAAGAUGGGAGGAAAAAAGGAAAGUGAGAGCAAUGGAGAAGUCAAUGCAAAUGAUGAUUUCCAGAGAGAGAUGUACUUCUACCGGCAGGCGCAAGCAACAGUUCUUGAGGCAUUGCCUCUCUUGAAAAAAAACUGCAUUGCCACCAAGAGGCCUGACGACUACUUUGCUGAGAUGGCCAAGUCUGACCAGCACAUGCAAAAGAUCAGGAAGAAGCUACUUUCUAAGCAGGCGAUAAUGGAGAGGUCAGAGAAGGCAAAGAAGUUACGCGAACAGAGGAAAUUUGGCAAAAAGGUGCAAGUAGAAGUCAUCCAGAGGCGACAGAAGGAGAAGAAGGCAAUGAUGACCGCUGUAAAGAAAUAUCAAAAAGGAAUGACUGAUAAGUUGGAUUUCUUGGAUGGAGAUGAAAGAGAACGAAAUGCACCCGCUAAAGGUGCCUCUCAGAAAUCAAAGAAGACAUUGAACAAGAAGGGCCCUAGUGCCAAGAGAAAAUAUAAGGACCAGAAAUUUGGUUUUGGAGGCAAGAAAAGUGGAAAGAAGUGGAACACGAAAGAAAGCCACAAUGAUGUGUCCAGUUUCCGCGCUAAAGUGGCUAAUGCAAAGGGUCCAAAAGGAAAGAAAGGAAAAGGCGGAAAACAAAAUAAACGUCCAGGGAAGUCUGUUCGCAGGAAAAUGAAGGCUCGCUCAUAA